AUGAGAGAAAUCAUUCACGUUCAAGCCGGUCAAUGUGGUAACCAAAUUGGUCAGAAAUUCUGGGAGACAAUCUCGCAAGAGCAUGGCCUUGAUCCGAACGGCGCAUAUGCUGGAGACAAUGAUUUGCAGCUUGAACGUAUCAAUGUGUACUACAACGAGGGUUCAACAGGACAAUAUGUGCCAAGAGCUGUUCUGGUAGAUUUGGAACCCGCAACAAUGGAUGCUCUUCGUAGCAGCCCUUACGGCAAGCUUUAUCGUCCCGAUAACUUCAUUUUCGGACAAUCCGGUGCGGGUAACUCAUGGGCCAAAGGUUAUUACACUGAAGGUGCCGAAUUAGUUGAAUCGGUGUUGGACGUGGUUCGUAAGGAAGCCGAACACACCGAUUGUCUUCAAGGUUUCCAGCUCGCUCACUCAUUGGGUGGUGGUACCGGUUCCGGUCUUGGUUCAUUGUUGCUUUCCAAAAUCCGUGAAGAGUACCCCGAUCGCAUGUUGUGUACCUACUCUGUUGUGCCAUCGCCCAAAGUGUCGGACACCGUGGUCGAACCUUACAAUGCUGUGUUGUCGGUUCAUCAGCUUGUUGAGAAUUGUGAUGCCACCUUCUGUAUCGAUAACGAAGCUCUGUAUGACAUUUGUUUCCGCACACUCAAGUUGAGCAACCCUGAUUAUGGCGAGUUGAAUCAGUUGGUGUCUGCUGUCAUGUCGGGUGUUUCCACCAGUUUGCGUUUCCCCGGUCAGCUCAACUCUGAUUUGCGCAAACUUUUCGUGAACAUGGUGCCUUUCCCGCGUCUUCACUUCUUCAUGGUUGGUUUCGCUCCUCUUACUGCUUUGAACUCGCAACAGUACCGUAACUUGAGCGUUACCGAGUUGACGGCUCAAAUGUUCGAUGCACGCAACAUGAUGGCCGCUUCCGAUCCUCGUCACGGUCGUUACCUUACCGUGGCCACCAUUUUCCGCGGUCGCUUGUCUACCAAAGAAGUUGAGAACCAGAUGCUCGCCGUACAACAAAAGAACUCGUCUUACUUUGUGGAAUGGAUUCCCAAUGGUGUCAAGACCUCGUUGUGUGACAUUCCUCCUGUGGGUCUCAAGAUGUCCGGUACUUUCAUUGGUAACAGCACGGCUAUCCAGGAAUUGUUCAAGCGUGUCAAUGAUCAGUUCACGGCCAUGUUCAGACGCAAGGCUUUCUUGCAUUGGUAUACUGGUGAGGGUAUGGAUGAAAUGGAAUUCACUGAAGCCGAAUCCAACAUGAACGAUCUCGUCUCGGAAUACCAACAAUACCAAGAAGCUACAGCUGAUGAUGAGUUAUUGGAGGAUGAAGAGGAAUAUGGUGAAGAAGAGGCCGUUCUUGACGAAGAAUAG